CUAUAUGUAUGGUAGGAUUGCCAGCUAGAGGGAAGACUUAUAUAUCAAGGAAACUACAUAGAUAUUUAAAUUGGUUAGGUUAUAAUUGUAAGGUUUUCAACAUUGGAAAUUAUAGAAGAGAAAUUUGUGGGACAGAAUGUGAUAAGAACUUUUUUGAUUCAAAAAAUGAAUAAGUAUAUUGAGCAUUAAUUAGGCAACUAAAGCAAGAAAUGAAUGUGCUUCGAUGGCAUUGAAUGAUUUGAUUAAUUAUUUAAAUAGUGAUGGAGAAAUUGCUAUUUUUGAUGGGACAAACACAACAAAACAGAGAAGAAAUAUGGUUUAAUGUUAGUUAUUAUAAUAAUGCCAAAAUGUUUAAACUCUAUGGAUAGAAUCUAUUUGUGAUGAUGUAGAAGUAAUUUAAAAUAAUAUCAAAUUAACCAAACUUAAUAAUCCAGAUUAUAUUUCAAUGAGUCCUGAAGAGGCUACAAAAGAUUUUUUAGGAAGAAUUAAAAUGUAUGAAGAGGUUUAUCAAAAGAUAGAUUUAGAUGAGAAAUUAUCAUUUAUUAAAUUAAUAAAUAUUGGGGAAGAUGUAUCAUAUUGAUAUUUAUUUAUAAGAUUUAAAUUCAUAAAGUAAAAGGAUAUUUGUUAUCAAAAAUUAUUUCAUACUUAAUGAAUCUUCACACAUAUCCAAGACCAAUUUAUUUAACUAGACAUGGUGGAAGCAUAUUUAAUUAAGAAAAUAGAGUAGGUGGAGAUUGUGAUUUAUCAUAAUAAGGAAUCUAAUAUUCACAAUAAUUAGGUAAAUUUUUAUUUGAAGAAUUUCCAAAUUAAGAAUAAAGAGAUCAAAUUCAUUGUUUAACUUCAACAAUGAAAAGAGCUACUCAUACAGCUGAUAUUGUUUGCAAUAUUCUUAAAAUUAACUAUUUAUAAUUAAAGACUUUAGAUGAAAUUAAUGUAGGUAUCUGUGAUGGCUUAACUUAUACUUAAAUUGCAAUUCAAUUUCCUGAAGAUUUUGCUGUAAUUUUUAUAUUAUUAAUUUGAAUAGGAAAGAAAAGUGAAUAAAUUAACUUACAGAUAUUCAAGAGGAGAGUCUUAUUUAGAUUUGAUUAGUAGGAUUGAACCCAUUAUAUAUGAAAUUGAAAGAUCUAGAGAACCUGUAUUAGUUAUAGGACAUUAGGCUAUUUUAAGAUCUCUUUAUGCUUAUUUUCAUAGAAAUGAGAUAUCAGAAGUUCUUCAAUUAGAGAUCCCAAUUCAUGUUGUUAUAAAAUUAACACCAGCUGCAUAUAAUUGUGAAGAAAUAAGAAUAAAAAUUGAUCCAGACACUGGAGAAAGAAAAUAAAUUGAAGAAGACCUAUAAUUUACAAGAUUCAACAUAUUAACCAAGAAAAAAAGCUAUAUCUUAUUAUGA